GGACCGGAGCCUGCAGCCUUAUGGCCAGAUGACCACUGCCUGCCUUAAGUCUCUGCUUGAUGUCCAUGCUCUGUCUGUGUAGCUCCCAGCCUCUAGGUGCAGAACUUGACACUUGUUCCUGUUAACUCACAUCCUGCUUGUCUCACCCACUUUUCAAGGCUGUCUUUCUAAACCGCCUUCUCCUCUUCUCAAGGGCCAGAUCCCUUCCCAUCUUCUGAUGGAAUUCCUGACAGAUUUUCCUGCCUUUGCAAAGCUUCCGGAGAGGCUCAUAAAAGGCAGUACUCACAGAUUAGCUAAUCCCACUGAGAAGGCUGCCUCUGGAAUGCCUGGGCCAGCCGGUCACUGUGGAAACUCUUCUGUCCAGAGCAACAAGGAACCCCUUGGGCUGCCACUCCUUGUGCUUGGCCAGUGGCAGCACCCACCCAGAAGAUGAGAAAGGCGCCGUGCUAAGAAGGACCCACACGCUGUGCUUGCCCCCCUUGCAGAGCUGAUGUGUUUGUCUGAACUGUGCUUCUGCCGGCCUCUCCCCCAGCCCUGCGGCAGCCCCUCCUCCAGCAACCCUCUCAGCCCGGCCGCCGGGCCACCCCCUCCUGGGCCAGUUCGGAGCCAUGAAGAGCUUCUCGAAGCGCGAGGCCGACAGGAGGACGUUCUUGGAGCAGGUCCGGGAAAGCAAGGAGAAUGGCUACCUCCUCUCUUCCAAAAAAAUCGGGUCAGGGGCUUUUUCCAAAGUCUAUCUGGGUUACGCCACCCAGGAGAAAAUGAUGCAGAACUACAAGCUGGCUUCAGACCUCAGGAAUAAGAGGCACUCUAUGGUUGCUAUAAAGAUAAUUUCAACAGCAGAGGCACCUGUGGAAUACACCAAAAAGUUCCUUCCAAGAGAAAUCUACUCCCUGAAUGUUACUUACAAGCACCUAAAUGUGAUUCAGCUCUAUGAGAUGUAUCGGAACAGCAAGCGCACCUACCUGGUGCUGGAGUUGGCCUCCCGGGGGGACCUCCUGGAGCACAUCAACGCCACAUCUGACCGGAGGGAGUACCCUGGCCUGGAGGAGGAGGAGGCACGCAGGCUUUUCCGACAGAUUGUCAGUGCUGUUGCCCAUUGCCACAAUGUUGGCAUUGUCCACAGAGAUUUGAAGUGUGAGAACAUUUUAUUGGAUGAACGUGGCUUCAUUAAACUGACAGAUUUUGGCUUUGCCAACCGCUACUCCUUGAAGAAUUCACUGAUGAGCACCUUCUGUGGCUCUGUGGCCUACACCGCCCCUGAGAUCCUCAUGAGCAAGAAAUACAAUGGGGAGCUGGCUGACCUAUGGAGCCUUGGGGUCAUCCUCUAUGCCAUGGUGACAGGGAAGCUCCCCUUCAAGGAGCGCCAGCCGCACAAGAUGAUCCACGUCAUCAAGCAAGGCCUUGCCUUCCGGCAGCCGAUCUCGCCAGAAUGCCAGAAUCUCAUCGAGGGCCUGUUGCAGCUGAAGCCAGCGGCCCGCCUGGGGUUGCAGCAGGUGGCCACGCACCGCUGGAUGCUCCCGGCUACCUCGGCCAUCUUCCACCGGGUGAUGAGCUCCAUGGGAGUCCAUCCGGAGUGCUCCCUGGGCCAAGAGAAGCCUCAGACGGCACCAGGCGAGGUUGGCGGCCCUACGGCCCAGCUGCCGGACCUCGAGAGCCCCGCCAAGAGCCCGACCGAGGGCCCGGCCAAGGAGAGCAAGGUCCUGCCGCCCGCGCGCGCCUCCUCGGCCGCGGGGGCCUUCCCGCCCCGGGCCAAGGCUGAGAAGAAGAGCCCGCCGGUUACGCCGGCCAAUUGCGUGCUGCAGCUGCCCUCGCCGCGCAAGACGGAGCGCCCGCCGCGCCUCUCGCUCUACCGGCCCAGCCUGCUGACCAGCCUGCAGCCCUUCCACCACCUGCCCAACUUCCGCAAGCCCGGCUCGGGCUUCUCGGCCAGCGCCUACGUGACCAGCAAGCGGCUCGGGGAGAAGGCGCCCGCCCGCGCCGCCGGCCUGGGCAGCGCCUCGGCCAGCCUCUCCAAGCAAGUGCAUUCCCUCUACAGCAUGACGCCCUGCCCGUGAGGCGCCCGCCCGACGCCCGGCCCGCUCGCGGCGGCAGCCACGCCCGCCCGGCCCGGCGCAGCACUCGGCCCGACGCCCGGGACUACCGCCGCCGGACGAGCCAUUAAAGCUUAUUCAGAGUCGCUCCGGGCUGCUGCCUGCUGCGAUGCGCGCGCCCCGCGGCAGCCCCGGACCUCAGAGGCGGCCGACCAGGCCCCGGCGCUGCUCUUCGCCUGUCGGCACCCGCGCUUGUCCGCUCUUUCUGCAUAUACAUCAGUGUACCGUUGCUUUGUGUGCGGCUGCUGCUGUCUGACGCCCGUUCUUCCUCCGCGGCCGCUGCCCGGCCUCUCGCGGCUCUUCCUAGGCAGAGCGGGUCAGGGGCGUCCUCCGGGCCCCCGACCACCCUGCACUUGUCCACAGCAGCUGCUCCAAGGCCAGCCCCCCCCCACUUCCAACCUAAAGCC